AUGUUGAAAGCAGUGAUGAAGGCUUAUAUUAGAAGUUUCUCGGAAGCCCUCCGUUAUGAAUACUCCAAGUACAACGUGACAGUGCAACACGUAACACCGUUCUUCGUGUCAACAAAGAUGAAUAGCUUCAGUAACCGAUUGUUGAGUGGCAAUUUCUUCGUGCCGGAUGCCGCGAGUUACGCGAAACACGCGGCCGCAGCUCUUGGAAAGGUCGAUCACACCGCCGGAUAUUGGACGCAUUCACUGCAGUAUUUCAUCGUGAAGACUUUCAGUCCCACUUGGGUCCGUUCAAGGGUCGGAGGUCUCCUCAACAAAUCCUUCAGAAACGAAUAUUUUGAAAUGCAGAAGAAGUAAACAUUUAUGAAAUAAUUAAUAAAUUUAAGCAUAAUCCAGUUUAAAAAAUCCCAAUUACCUGAAUGUAACUUAUAUUAACUAAAUUUAUGUAUAACCAAAAAAACUUGUUAGCAAUAGCAACAGUUACAAUUCACUUUUUAUUUUAAUCUAAAUGUAAAUAUAGUUAAGUAGAAUAUAACGUUAUUAUAUAAUAGAUUUAGUAAUUAGGGGUUUGCAGGUAUUGGGAGAAAAGUUUUUUGCUGUGCAAAUUGUAUAUUUUUUAAUU